UUGGAGAAGAUGAAGCUGGAGUUGAGAUGCUAAAUAAAGUCUUCAAGAGAGGGUGCCUUCAAAGCAGAGUGUAACCAAUAAAACUACGCUCUACUAGCAUCUUACAGAUUGUGGUGUGUGGGCCACUUGGCAGCAAGCCUACCCUCAAAGGACAGAAUAAAAUCAAAGUCAGGAUCAAUCAUCCAUCACUGGCCCCAAGGAGUGCAAGCCUAAUGGCUCCUUUCAAGGGCCACAGUUUUAGCUCCAGGGAAGUAUUGUUCAGUUCUACCUCCGAGUCUAGGCAUUCAACCUUGAACACAGCACAUGAGAAAGCAGCAAGAGUUCCAACUCAAGCACUCCCAAAUGGGAGCUUCUCUCUGACCCAUGAGGGCCUCAGGCCCUGAUUGGUAUCUCAAGCCAACUGUUUGAAAGAAAGCUCAUCUGGGGACUUUUCUACAUCAGUCUCUGGCCAGGUGAGUGAGACACUUCUCUUCUCUACUACCUGAAUAGUCCCUGUACUCUUAGUCAAGCCCUGUUGACAUGUUAAGACCCUUUCAUUUCUUGGAACUCUGUGAACAUUCCUACCUGUAUCCUACCCAGUCUUGAACUGCCUGUGCUCUGUAAUAGUAUUUCUGGGACCCUGGGCUUUCAACGUGACUUGAAGGCAAAUAAUGUAGCCAUUUUUUCCCUGAAUUUUCAAGGGACGCUGUGAUCUCCCUGGAAGAGUGAGACAGAAUCCAGCCUCACCUAGCCCAGAGCAUCUCCAUAAAAGAGGCUCCCAGACAGCUCUCUGGGCAGUUUGGGCUCUGCAUCCUCCAGCCAUGCACCUGCAUCUUUCCGGCUUACUGUUCUACCUGGUGAUCUCAUUGCCUGCAGGUAACUGUAUGGUCGGGCAUAGAGGUAUAGAGUUUCGACCAUGUACUGCAAUCAAUGGCCUUUGUUUCUUUGGUUGUAGGCCAGGAUGGACAUGGAUGGCUUUCUGUAACAACAUAAUGUCCUGUUGUAAAGAGGAAAAAUUAUUUGCACCUCCUCAAACCAAAGUUGUAUGACCUAUGCUUCACGGCUCCAAUUAAAAGGCCGUGUGAAUGAUUAAAAGUUCCCAAUCUGUCUUUAA